AUCGGAACGCGCCGAGGAGGUGGAGCUUCUCGAGUCUCGACUCGGCUGAGGGACGGGAGGGGGUAAGUGCGGACCCUCGCCAACGGCCGCGGCUUCUGGCCGGCCCGCCCCGCACAGCGACAACCAAUCACAACUCCGGAGCCCAGGGAUGGAGCCAAUGAGACGCACCCAGGAGGCGGGGACAACCGCGCUCAACUUCAAGGGAUUAGAGACCCAGAGACCGCAAGCCCGAGAGUCCGGCCCUCUUUCAAAGGGGGCCAAUUGCAACCUAGAGGCGGGCGAGUGACUGUCAAGACCACCAAUUAGAACCUCGGAAGGGCACCUGUCCCGGCCUCUUCUCUGAGGGACGGCUCCGCCGACCAAUAGCGUAAGUGAAGCGCAGCUGCCCUUCUUGCGGUCUGGAGGCUGGGAAUGAGGAGAGAGGGAACCCUAUUUCUGUGCAGUUGUUCCCCCCAGAGCUGGUGGAACACAUCGUCUCCUUCCUCCCCGUCAAGGAUGUUGUCGCCCUAGGCCAGACCUGCCACUACUUCCACGAAGUGUGUGAUGCCGAGGGCGUGUGGAGACGCAUCUGUCGAAGGCUCUGUCCACGCGUCCGUGACCAGGGCUCUGGUGCCCGGCCCUGGAAGAGAGCUGCCAUCCUUAACUGCAUUCGGAGGACGACGCCGAUGUCUCAGCAAGAGUGUGGCCCCCAUGCUAGCCCAUGGCUACCGCCGCUUCUUACCCACGAAGGACCAUGUGUUCAUUCUUGACUAUGUGGGGACCCUCUUCUUCCUCAAAAAUGCUCUGGUGUCCUCCACCCUCGGCCAGAUCCAGUGGAAGCGGGCCUGCCGCUACGUGGUGCUGUGUCGAGGUGCUAAGGAUUUUGCCUCCGACCCAAGAUGUGACACGGUUUACCGGAAAUACCUCUACGUCUUGGCCACUCGGGAGCAGCCGGCCGUGGCGGGCGCCCCUGGCAGCCGGGCCUGCGACUGUGUGGAGGUCUAUCUGCAGUCCAGCGGGCAGCGGGUCUUCAAGAUGACAUUCCACCCCUCCAUGAGCUUCAAGCAGAUCGUGCUGGUCGGCCAGGAGACCCAGCGGGCCCUGCUGCUCCUCACAGAGGAAGGGAAGAUCUACUCCUUGGUAGUGAAUGAGACCCAGCUGGACCAGCCACGCUCCUACACGGUACAGCUGACCCUCAGGAAGGUGUCGCGAUGCCUGCCUCACCUUCGUGUGACGUGCAUGGCUUCCAACCAGAGCAGCACCCUCUACAUCACAGACCAGGGGGGAGUGUAUUUUGAGGUGCACACCCCAGGGGUGUAUCGUGAUCUCUUUGGGACCCUCCAAGCCUUUGACCCUCUGGACCACCAGAUGCCACUUGCUCUCUCCCUGCCUGCCAAGGUCCUAUUCUGUGCUCUUGGCUACAAUCACCUUGGCCUGGUGGAUGAAUUUGGCCGGAUCUUUAUGCAGGGAAAUAACAGAUAUGGGCAGCUGGGAACUGGAGACAAAAUGGACCGAGGGGAACCCACACUGGUUCAUUAUCUACAGCGUCCCAUUGCCCUGUGGUGUGGCCUCAACCAUUCCUUGGUGCUGAGUCAGACCUCGGAUUUCAGCAAGGAGCUGCUGGGGUGCGGCUGCGGGGCUGGAGGCCGCCUUCCUGGCUGGCCUAAGGGGAGUGCCUCCUUUGUCAAGCUACAUAUCAAGGUCCCCUUGUGUGCCUGCUCCCUCUGCUCCACCAGAGAGUGUCUCUAUAUGCUGUCCAGCCACGACAUCGAACAAUGCCCCGUCUAUCGAGACCUGCCAGCCAGCAGGGUGGGGGGAAGCCCUGAACCUAGCCAGGGGGCUGGAGCCCCUCAAGACCCUGGGGGAACAGCCCAGGCCUGUGAGGAGUACCUCAGCCAGAUCCACAGUUGCCCCACGUUGCAGGACCGAAUGGCGAAGAUGAAGGAGAUUGUGGGCUGGAUGCCCUUGAUGGCGGCCCAGAAAGAUUUCUUCUGGGAGGCACUGGACAUGCUGCAGAGGGCUGCUGGUGGGAGCGGCCCAGGCACCUCGAACCCUGAGAGCUGACCCUCCUCUAGCCUUUAGUCCUGAAGGAAAUCGGGCCCUGGGCUAGGGGCUGAGGAGAGAUGGAGAGGCAAACAACAUUGUGUGUACAUGGGAGCCGGGGUGGGGGUUGGGCUGGGUCGUGGGGAGUAGUGCUGGACAUGUCAGGGUAGGGUAGGGGCUCUUUUUUAAAUAUUCAGGGGGCUGCCCAGGUGGGGCCCCAACCUGACUAUCAUGGACAAGAAAUUUGAUGGACAAUAGAAUAAAAGGCUAAAGGAA